UCUAGGCUGGGAGGUAGUGUUGGCCCCAGGCAUGGAAGAGCUGAUAUGGGAACAGUACACUGUGACCUUACAAAAGGAUUCAAAACGAGGAUUUGGGAUUGCAGUUUCUGGCGGCAGAGAUAACCCUCUUUUUGAAAAUGGUGAAACAUCAAUAGUCAUUUCGGAUGUUCUCCCAGGUGGUCCAGCAGAUGGAUUACUUCAAGAAAAUGACCGGGUGAUCAUAGUUAAUGGGACCCCAAUGGAAAACGUUCCACAUUCGUUUGCAGUUCAGCAGCUUAGGAAAAGUGGAAAAGUUGCCACCAUUGUUGUGAAAAGACCAAGGAAAGUGCAGGCUGCUGCGUUGAAGAGAUGUCCCUCCGUUGAUUACGAGGACAGAGCUUUAGAUGUAAUGGAUAACCAUGCAGAAUUUGAUGGCAAAAGUGCUCGAAGUGGCUACAGUGACAGAAGUUGGCACAGUGGUAAUGGAGGGCGCAGCCAAAGCUGGGGAAACAGCCUGGAUCAGAGCUAUCGAGAUGAACAAGACAGAGGGCGUAACCGAAGCAGAGACCGUGACAGGGAAUGCAGCUACAGCCAUGAUCGAAGUCGUGGUAGGAGCAUUGACAGGAGCUUGGAUCAAGACUAUAGAAGAGAUCGGAGCAGGGGAAGGAGCAUUGACAGGGAUGGUGGCUAUGAACGGGACUACAGAGGAGACUACAGCCCACCCAGCUGUAGUCAUGGAUUUCAACCUGAUCCUGGAUAUGGGAGGGAAGUGAGGAGUCGAAGUCGGGACAGGCUUCGUUCCCGAAGUCCUUCUCCUGAAAUACACCGUCAGUAUGAGUACCUAGGACAACAGGAUCAGAAUGGACCAAUCAGCGUUCUCUUAACUAAAGGCAGACACAAUGAAGAAUACGGUCUCCGACUUGGAAGUCAGAUCUUCAUAAAAGAAAUGACCUGUACUGGCUUAGCAACCAAAGAUGGCAACCUUCAUGAAGGGGAUAUCAUUCUCAAGAUCAAUGGUACAGUGACAGAGAAUAUGUCUUUAGCUGAUGCCCGAAAAUUGAUUGAAAAGUCACGGGGAAAGCUCCAGCUGGUUGUCCUCAGGGACAGAAAGCAGACACUGCUCAACAUUCCUUCACUGAACGACAGUGACUCAGAAAUGGAUGACAUUUCUGAAGUAGAGUCUAACAGGUCAUUCUCCCCUCAAGAUGACGGAUUACAUCAUUCUGAUCUAGAUUCACAUUCAUCCAAUGAAAAGCUGAAAGAGAAAACAAAUGCAAAAGAUGAUCCAUCCAGUAGGAUGUCCAGGAUGGGAGCAAUGCCUACACCAUUCAAGUCGAGUAGUGACAUUGCUACUCCUACUGUUACAGCUGUGGACAUAAAAAAAGAACUGAAGUAUCAAGAUGACCCUGCAGCAUCUCAACCAAAAGUUACAAGAACGAUUCUUAAACCCAGCCCUGAAGAUGAAGCAAUAUAUGGUCCUAAUACAAAAAUGGUGAGAUUCAAGAAAGGGGACAGUGUUGGUCUACGACUGGCUGGUGGAAAUGAUGUAGGGAUAUUUAUUGCUGGAAUUCAAGAAGGCACUUCAGCUGAUGAGGAGGGACUGCAGGAAGGAGACCAGAUUCUUAAGGUAAACACUCAAGACUUCAGAGGCAUUGUUCGGGAAGAUGCUGUUUUGUAUCUCUUAGAAAUUCCCAAAGGUGAAACAGUAACAAUUUUGGCUCAAAGUAAAUAUGAAGUUUACAGAGACAUCAUGGCCUGUGGCAGAGGAGAUUCAUUCUUCAUCAGGACUCACUUUGAGUGUGAAAAAGAAUCACCACAGAGCUUAGCAUUCACCAGAGGCGAGAUCUUUAGAGUAGUUGAUACGCUGUAUGAUGGCAAACUGGGAAACUGGCUGGCUGUAAGAAUUGGAAGUGAUCUGGAAAAGGGCAUCAUUCCAAAUAAGAGCAGGUAAGGAGGUAUCCUGUCUUCCUACCCAUUGUUAGAAGUAAGAUUAUUUUUUUUCAAAAGUUUUUUCUUCCCGGCAUAUAUUUCUUCCUUACUGG